UGGUAAAAUAAUCCAAGGGGAGCACGGUCAUUAAUUUGACAGGCAACAGCUUUAUUAACCUUGUCGUGCCAAACAGUUCUUCGGCUCGGCCCACCGUUCCCUCAACUCAUCCUUCCCAGAUUGGACAGUUGACAACAUCGUCGCCCAUUAUUCAGGCUGACCACCUGCCCGAGGUCCUGAAUUCGGGUCCCGACGACCAAAAUAAUCUUUCACGUUCUGCGACUUAUUCCAUUCCUAGUAGCUUUUCUAACGAGCCGGCUCGUCAAUUAUUGCCUACUAAGACUGGGUUACAGCUACCUCACGACUCCUCAAAUCGUUCGAAAUCACCCGCCGGCAGGUUUAGAGACGCUUUUAGGAGUAAAAGGAAUGUGAGCGGUGUACAGGACACCGCCAACAGUAGCCAGACGGACCUUGCCGAUCAUCAAUCAGCAAACACCUUGACCCAGAAGUCAACCAACGGGUCCGCCUCUCGCCCAGGUUCUAGCACGAACUCCCAGUCCGACACAAAUGAUACCAAGUUAACGACUUCGGGACGAUUGCAACGAACCAAAAGCCCUGCACCUAUUAGUAUUCGCCCUCGUACGCCUCCGCCUUCCGAACCCCCAGCUCCCGUCAUCGUAAAUACGCCACCAACACCGACUCAUUCGCACCGUUCGCGAAAGAGCUCGUCCGCCAGCACGAGCUCCAACCCAAAUGUGGUUGUUUCGCCCUCUGGUAAUAUGAUAUCACACCGAAGAGCGAGAUCAGCAUCCAACACGAGUAUCGGUCCGAGCAAACUUUCAAACAUUACACUGGCUCCUCUAACACCAACUCCCGAGACUUCGGUACCCACGACUCCUGGGAGUGGCUUUUUUUCUAGCAUGCUAUCUGCUGCACAGAACGCUGCCAAUACUUUCAGUAGCGCCGUAACUACCAAUCCUGGUCCGAGCGGGAAUAAACCAAAAUCAAACGUUCCUAGAGAAGGGCAACCGAGUGACGACGAUAAAGUAGAAGUUGAACCAUCCGUCGAACAAUCGGAGGGCUCUACAAUGGGUGAUAAAGAGCCAGCUGUUAGGACUCUAGGUAUGGGUGACUUAAGCCUUAGCCAACUAGGGAUCCAAGAGCCUGGGAGUGCUGCGAGCACUCAGAACGGCUCUAAACUGUCUGAUAUCGCGACCGAAUCUCGGACAAGAUCCGAGUCAGCGCCUGCGGAUACUGCGGCCGUAUCUCCUAAUGAUGACGGCCAUUCCGAUCGAGCGCGGUCUAUCUACGAGACAGCUAGUACAACACCCCCGGGUAGCGUUUACGACGAGAAAACAGGAAUUCAACGUAGUAAUAGCAUUAGGAGUGCCCUCGGUCGUAGACGAAAACGUGGUAGUACUGGUGGAACUGCAAACACGGGAACGACGAUCGGUGCAGCUAUUGCAGCAGCUAAUGCCUCUGUUGCUCACCCUUCGGCGGCUGGAAGCGUUCCAAAACUUACGGGAUUUGCUGUCGCGAGUAAGAAACGCAAUCGGGAUUUCCACCUCGCCUUCAAGAGUGUUCCUGAUGACGACUAUCUUAUCGAGGAUUAUAGUUGUGCACUACAACGAGAAAUCCUCCUGCAUGGUAGACUUUAUGUCUCGGAAGGACACUUAUGCUUCAGCAGUAACAUCUUCGGUUGGGUGACAAAUCUCGUUAUGAGUUUUGAUGAGAUUGUGUCUGUUGAAAAGAGGAGCACCGCUUUAGUCUUCAAAAACGGUCUUAUGAUCUCAACUCUUCACGCGAAACAUGUGUUUGCUAGUUUUGCCAGCCGAGAUUCUACUUAUGACCUAAUAGUCAAUAUUUGGAAGCUUGGACACCCAUCUCUCCAGAGCUCAUUGAAUGGUGUAUCUUUAGAGGGUACGGGUGGUGAUAAGACUGAGAAGGUAGAUGCUGAUGUCGCAGUCGGAAGCCGGAGCGCUACGGCGUCCGAGGAUGAGGAGAGUGUAGACGGAGAAGACGUAUAUGAUGAAGAUCAAGAGGAGGACGACGCUCCCGAGGUAACACAGCCAGCUGAUGGAAGCCCGGCUGAUACGGACGGCGAAAAGGCUGGCAUGAGAAAGGUCUCUGGUGCGCUUGCCACCAAUGGUAGCGUCGAGAAAACCGACUUUGCUCCUGCCGCGUCCGGUACGGCCGAUUUCCCCGGGCCACCUGCACAUGCGCCGACGGAUUGCGGAGAUGCGGACAGUCAUUUUGAUAUCGUUACGGGCGAUGAUAUAAUUCCUGCUCCAUUGGGCAAGGUGUACAAUCUGUUAUUUGGCCCGGCUUCUGUUACAUGGAUGUCGAAGUGGUUAACUGUCGAACAAAAAUGCACAGACCUACAGAUGGAAGACAAGAAAGGACUGACCCUGGACAACAAGACCCGAAGCUUCACCUACAUCAAGCCGUUGUAUGCUUCGAUAGGACCCAAGCAGACUAAGUGCAUAAUCAGCGAGACGCUAGAAAAUCUAGAUCUUGAGAAAAGCGUAAAUGUGACGGUUGGAACGCAAAAUCCGGAUGUGCCUAGCGGGAACGUGUUUAGCGUGAAGACGAAGUAUUGCUUAUAUUGGGCUGAGAACAAUGCGACUCACAUUACUAUCACGUGUACUAUAGAGUGGACGGGUAAAAGCUGGCUAAAGAGUCCGAUUGAGAAGGGAGCCAAAGAAGGCCAGACUCAAUACUGCAAGGAUAUCUUCGCCAGCUUGAAGGCAGCAGUCUCUACUGCCCCUCGCCCUGUUGCAGUUAAUGGCGGAGCAAUUAAAGGCAAGAAGAAGCGAGUUAAGGGCAAGCUACACCAAGUUUCUAAGGAAAGCUUAGGUGGUCCAUCGGAUUUGGUGGUUUCGAAGUCCGAAGACUGGGGUGUGUUCGAGCCAGUUCAUGGCAUUCUAGGCCCGCUCGUGGAUAUUAUCAAACCUGUUCUCACCGGCAAUGUUGUGUAUGGGCUGCUUGUCGGAUUAUUGGUAGCGACAUGGUUCGGUUUUGGUUUUAAUGGACAACCGAGAGUCACGCCAUACGGACGAGAAUUGGAUUUGAUGCAGUAUGCGGAGCGAGCUGUUGCUUACGAGGAGAUUUGGAGAAGAGAAGAAAGUGAUUUGUGGGAUUGGUUGGAGGAUAGAGUGGGCCUUCAUCGUAUGAACGAGGGGGCCAUGCCUAUACGCAAGCGAGUAUUAGAGCCGCGAACAGUGGAAGACAAACUACGAGAAGAACGUAUGAGCGAGCGAGAAAUCGAAGAGGCUAUCAAGGUGACAGAAGAAAAAUUACAAGUUUUAAAGUCCGUCGUUGAGCGGAAGAAAGGGCCUGGAAAGUCUAGCGGAUACGGCAGGCCGACAACGAAAGUACCAGUAACCGAAAGGUAGUAGCAAGGAGCAGGGGAAGAGAAGGAGGAAGAGUUGGAGAGUUGAGGAUACCACUACAAGACACAUCACACAUUCCAUCGCAUUACAACUUACAUUCACACAUACAUACGGGGCUAUGACAGCCAAUCCCAUAUGUCAACUAACAUGACGACGCCACGACGAAGCACCUUUGACUUAUCUCCUUUUAUUGUACCUCAUAGCCUGUAUUGUAUUCGAAAAGC